GAGCAGACCUAGGAAAUCAGACUCUGAAGGGCAAGUGAGAAGAUCUAUCAGUAGCUCUUAAUUGCAUUUCAGCCUCAUUUGCUGAGAGUGGAAAGGAGGAUGGUGGUUGAUUAUGUUUGAGCAGUGCAUAUUUGCAUCAUGAGAGUUAGAUAAGCCAUGUCAAAACUAUAAAGGCUUUUGCUCUGGAUAUGUGGCCUGUAUUGGAAAAUUAGUAGCCUACAGGUAGCAAGAGGCUAUUCUUAGUUGCAAACACAAAUUUUCGAAAGGGAUGAGUUUAAGAAUAGAGUGGAAGAAAAUCCAAUCUCAAGGAGUUUCAUUUGUCUACUACAAUAGUGAAUUUACAGGUGACCUUCGAGGCCGAGCAGAGAUGCUGAAUACAGGAAUCCGAAUUAGGAAUGUGACUAGAAGGGAUUCUGGGACCUACCGCUGUGAAAUCAGUGCCAAGAGCGAAGAGGGGCAACGCCUGGGAGAGGCUACUAUUACUCUCACAGUAUUGGUUGCUCCGACUACUCCAGUGUGUGAGGUACCCAGCUCCGCAAUGACAGGAACGGUCGUGCAGAUGACCUGUAAGGAAACCGAGGGCUCCCCUCCAUCUGAGUACCAGUGGUACAAGAAUGGUGUUGCCUUGCUGGAGAAGACAGGAACAGGCAGUGCUAGAGAAGCAAACAUAACUUACACCAUGAAUAAAAAGUCUGGCACUCUGCUGUUUAAUACAGUUACAAAGAAUGAUACUGGAGAGUAUUUCUGUGAAGCCUCCAAUGGGAUUGGAUUAUCUCAGAAAUGCUCCGUGAAGAGAAUGCAAGUUGAUGACCUUAAUGUAAGCGGUAUCAUUAUGGCUGUAGUAUUUGUGGCUCUGGUGAUGGUACUAUGUGGUCUUGGAGUAUUCUAUGCCCAAAAAAAGGGCUACUUUGCAAAGGAAAGCUCUUCCCAAAAGAAGAUGAACUAUCAAUCUACAAGUGAAAAGGAUUUCAAGCAUACCAAGUCCUUUGUUAUUUAGAAGAUUUUGGCCUCUGUGAGGGACAUCAAAUGACUACUUGUUAUAAAAAAGUAUCAGUGUCCUGGUUUCAGCUGGGAUAAUUUUCUUCAUAGUAGCUCUGUUUUGAAUUUAAUAUGAGAAUUAAGUUGAUAACACAUUGAUGUUUUUAGUUGCUGCUGAGUAGUGCUUACUCCAGGUCAAGGAGUCCUCAGAUGUCCAUGGUCUUCCAGUGAGAAGGUGCAAAAGAAGCAGGGACAGAGCACAGCUGGGACAACUGCUCUGAGCUGUCCAAAGGGAUAUGCAUAGAAUCACAGAAUCAUAGAAUAAACUGAACUGGAAGGGCCCCAUCAGGAUCAUGAAGUCCAACUCCUGGCCCUGCACAGGACACCCCAAGAAUCAUACCCUGUGACUGAGAAUGUUGUACAAACACUUCUGGAACUCAAACAGACGUGGUGCUUGGUGACCACCUCCACACCAGAACAUCAUGCCCAGUAUUUAAACUGGGGAAGUUGGUCAGGAGGACCCAACUGCUGCUGCAGGACAGGCUGGAUAUCAAUCAGUGGGUGGUGAGAAACUGUUGUGCAUCACUUGUCUUAAGCUUUACUCCUCUCUCUCCUUUUCACUGCAAUUCAUAUUAUUGUAUUGUUGUUAUUGUCAUUAGUAUUAUUAGUAUCUUAUUUUGCCUUGUUUCGAUUAUUAAAUUGCUGUUCUCUCAACCCAUUGGUUUUACUUUUUUCCCUAAUUCUCCCACUGGGGACAGUGAGCAAGCAGCCACAUGGGGCUGAGCUGUUGGCAGUUCUUUUUGGCACCAAACAUGGGACUCAAAAGGUUGAGAUAAAAGCAUAUCUGACUAGAGCAUGUUAAAACAAGUUUGUUAUAAGCCGUCAUUGUAUUGGUUUAAUAGUUGCUGGUUACCAUAUUGAUUCAUUUGCCCUGGGCAUGGGCUAAGGUUAUCACUGUGUUGUUCAGUGUUGUACUGGCUUGUGAUAUGAUAGAAUGGCUGGUCAUGAGCCUGCCUGUGUCCCUGCCGUCCUUUGGGAGCCAUCUGGUGGAAACUAUCCACAGUUACAUCUACUGCCUUUUACCCUCAGAGAGCCAACUCAUGGGAAAAACACCUUCCUUCCCCUCCAGGAUGAUUACAGUAGCAUUCUAGAAUUUUAAAGACUUUGCAUAUCCUGUGACUACCCUUGAAACCAACCUGGUCCUUUUGUUAACCAUCAGUAUGUUGUUGCAUAUGGUUCAGGCCUUCUUUAGGGUUAAGAAACAAUCUGUGGCUACUGAAACCCCACCAAGACAUACUGUGCGUACACAAACUUCAGUGACAGGCCACAGGAGGCAACCACUCAAUCCUUAUUCCUGAGUGAGCUGCAAGAUAUACAUAAAUAUUUCAGCUGUUGUCCUGAUGAGCAUACUACCACCUGGCUGCUCUGAUGCUGGGAUAAUCGGGCUAACAGGCUGGAAUUAGAGGGUAGGAAUCGCUUUCUAAGAAAGCAGGCAUUGACAAGGUGAUUCCACAAGACAAGUCCUUAGCCUCUGGAAGUGACUCCUGUCAAGUGUGGAAAGAUAUCCAAUACUUGAGGGAAUUAGCUGUGUUAGAGCUGUGUAGAGACUAAUUUUGACCUGGACAAUACAAGGUUCCCCACAGAUCCAGACCAAUUCCUCAGCACAUGACCCACGUGGUGGAAGUUUGUAGAGUGUAUCAAGAGUACACACCAACCCACUGGCAAAGUUAAUCUGGAUCGACAUCACACCACCAUCUGUGGAUGCAGUGGCUUGCCAUCUCUAGGAGUUUGAAGACAGCCCCUCUUCCUCUCAUCUCAUCCGUGGAUAAACUAUCAGAUAAGAUGUCCCAGGAGAUUAAGCAGUUCAAAGAGGGUAUGCUCUAUUUCCCACCUCUACAGACCCAUGCUAAUGACACUAAACAUUGGCUCAAGAGGAAGGAUAUGGAAGGUACACACCAUGGGAUACCCUGUGGAUUUAGCUAAGAGAUCACAGAGAGGGCAUGAAUAAUUGGGAUGGAAGACCUACCUUGACCCUAUAGACACGGGUAUAUGAAUUGUAAGGAAAACAAUCCCAAAUGGGGGUUCUUCCAGGAAAGCUGCUACUCCCAUCUCCAGUGGAUGGUUUCCCAGGCAGAGUGGAAGGGCUGAAUUUACUCCUGAUCCUAUGGAAAGAAAUUCUAAUCCAUUUCUUCAAAAAGUAAGCUCUUCGAUGUUGUGGGUUUUUUGAAAAUGCAUUUUCCAAACUAGUCUCAUCGUAAGCCCUCUUUAUUAGGUGACUCAGAAGAAUGAUUUCACAUGAAGCCCUGAGCAACACCAAGCCUUUGAACAGAUUAAACUAGAAAUACUUUGAAAACACUCACUUGGGCCAAAGAACAUGGCAUUUGUUGGGUUUAUUGUGCCAUGAACCAGCUGAGAAAACCAAAUGAUCCAACGGACUGUUAAGACAACCCUGAGAGUAAUGGGUAGGGGGACGUUCAAACAUUGGGAUGCAUAUUGGCAAAGGCUACCUGGUGAGUCUGCCCUAGGUCUGCCAAGUGGCUGGCCCUGCCCAAUCAAAACUUGUACUGUAGAAGGGAAUAAAGUUCCUGAAGGGCACAUGGAAAAUGUGCUGCGGAAGACAAACUGGGUUAUUCCUGCCUUGGGCACAGGCAAACUCAUUUGUGGGAUUGUUUCUGCUCAAGGACGUGGGCACGCUUGUUAAGAUGGGAGGAUGGGCGAGUCUGGUUUGUGCAUUGAGUGGAUUUGAUUGAAUAGCCAGCGAGUUGUGUGAUGUCAGUUGCUGUGUAAUGCUGUGUAUUAGCUGGCACUUCUGUGCCAGCUGCAUGCCAAUCAUUGCACUGGAUACCUCAUGGUGCCUGUCUCCACCCUUCCAGCUUUGAGGAUAGGAACCCAACUCCCCUUCCACAGCCACAUUAAGAAUGAACUUUAAUGUAACUGGACAAGCAGAGCAGUGAUGGAAUCAGAACUGGCUUCAACACGCAACAAUCCAACACCAGACACCCUCUUUCCUGCCCUGAAAAACUUUAUGACAGUCCUAAGUCAUGACUGUCAUAAGCCAAAAGUCAUGGACUAAAUGAAUUCAAUGGACUUCCACAGGGAUUGUCUACAGAUUAAGGAAAUGGUAUCUGUGUGUGCAUCUAUAAGAGGGGAAAGGUGGUGGUGUAUUGGAAAGUGUAGGAUCUGGCAUGACAUGUUAUGGAAUAAGCAGCUGAUACUUUUCUAGUCUUAGCUGGGAGUUAAUUUUCUUUCUAGUAGCUGGAACAAAGCUGGUUUUUUUCAAUUGGUAUGAAAAUGUCAGUAACACACUGUUUCAGUUGUAGCUCAGCAGUACUUACCCUGAGUCAAACACUUUUCAUUGUCUGAUGCUCUGCCUGUGAAGUGUUCAGUCCAUGAGGGAACAGGGCCAGGACCCUGACUGAACUGGCCAAAGUGAUAAAGAACAUCAUGCUCAGUAUAUAAAAUGAGGGGAAGUUGGUCUGGAGGGGCCAUUUGCUGCUGGGGAACAGGCUGGGCAUCAGUCAGGAAAUGGUGAGGAGCACUUGGGCUGUGCAUCACUUGUGCUUCUCAGGUUUUCUCCUCUCUCCCUUACUAUUACUUUGGUUCAAUUGUUUAACUGCUUUAUCUCAACCCAUGAGUUUUGUUUCUAAUUCCCUUCCCUACCAUAGGGGGAGGGGACAGGGAGUGAGCCAGAGGCUGUGAGAUGCUUAGUAGCCAGCUGGGGUUAAACCACAACACCAAGAGAUCUUUUGACCUCUGCUCUGUAAAUAUUGUUUCAAUGUCUUACAUGCUGAAAACAGAAACUGCCAAUAUUUAGUCAACCUAGCUGUGAUGGCAUUUCAAAAAAAAUAACCCCAAAAAAACUUACAGAUUAGCUUGUAUGUUCAAUUUAGUUCUGUGUGAAAGCUUCUCAUUUUGUUCAUAUGUACAUGCAGCAAUACAGGAUUCACUCUUGCAGCUUGGAACAAUCUGUUCAAAUAAAUUUCAUAGAUGACCUCA